AUGCACGGGCACAGCCGCAACGGGCAGGCCCACGUGCCCCGGCGGAAACGCCGCAACCGCUUCGUCAAGAAGAACGGCCAAUGCAACGUCUACUUCGCCAACCUGAGCAACAAGUCGCAGCGCUACAUGGCGGACAUCUUCACCACGUGCGUGGACACGCGCUGGCGCUACAUGCUCAUGAUCUUUUCCGCGGCCUUCCUGGUGUCCUGGCUCUUUUUCGGCCUCCUCUUCUGGUGUAUCGCCUUCUUCCACGGUGACCUGGAGCCCGGCCCCGCGGUGCCCGCGGCGGGGGGCCCGGCAGGCGGCGGCGGCGGCGGUGGCGGCGGCGCGGCCCCGGCCCCCAAGCCCUGCAUCAUGCACGUGAACGGCUUUCUGGGCGCCUUCCUGUUCUCCGUGGAGACACAGACGACCAUCGGCUACGGCUUCCGCUGCGUGACGGAAGAGUGCCCGCUGGCGGUCAUCGCCGUGGUGGUCCAGUCCAUCGUGGGCUGUGUCAUCGACUCCUUCAUGAUCGGCACCAUCAUGGCCAAGAUGGCCCGGCCCAAGAAGCGGGCGCAGACGCUGCUGUUCAGCCACCACGCGGUCAUCUCGGUGCGCGACGGCAAGCUCUGCCUGAUGUGGCGCGUGGGCAACCUGCGCAAGAGCCACAUCGUGGAGGCCCACGUGCGGGCCCAGCUCAUCAAGCCCUACAUGACCCAGGAGGGCGAGUACCUGCCGCUGGACCAGCGCGACCUCAACGUGGGCUACGACAUCGGCCUGGACCGCAUCUUCCUGGUGUCGCCCAUCAUCAUCGUCCACGAGAUCGACGAGGACAGCCCCCUCUACGGCAUGGGCAAGGAGGAGCUGGAGUCCGAGGACUUCGAGAUCGUGGUCAUCCUCGAGGGCAUGGUGGAGGCCACGGCCAUGACCACCCAGGCCCGCAGCUCCUACCUGGCCAGCGAGAUCCUGUGGGGCCACCGCUUCGAGCCCGUGGUCUUCGAGGAGAAGAGCCACUACAAAGUGGACUACUCCCGCUUCCACAAGACCUACGAGGUGGCCGGCACGCCCUGCUGCUCUGCCCGUGAGCUGCAGGAGAGCAAGAUCACCGUGCUGCCCGCCCCGCCGCCCCCGCCCAGUGCCUUCUGCUACGAGAACGAGCUGGCCCUCAUGAGCCAGGAGGAGGAGGACAUGGAGGAGGAGGCCGCGGCCGCUGCCGCCGUGGCCGCAGGCCUGGCCUUGGAGGCGGGGUCCAAGGAGGAGGCGGGCAUCAUCCGAAUGCUCGAGUUUGGCAGCCACCUGGAUCUGGAGCGCAUGCAAGCCACCCUCCCGCUGGACAACAUCUCCUACCGCAGGGAGUCUGCCAUCUGA